CGCAUCCUACGUCUAGAUCCAGCUGGCUUAGACCCCGCAAAAACUUCAUAACUCUACGAUCCGAUUCUUCCUCAACCUCGUACUACAUCAACGAAAUCCAGGUACAAGCGGGGUUUGUGGCUUGUAAUACGUAUCAAUUGCAUACCUACUCGGACCAAUUUUUUACUUAAACUCCUGUCAACCACGCCAGACCGGUUCAUCAUCCCCAGCGCAUCUGAGAUCAUAGCCACGACCACACGACCACACUUACACAACCACAAUCACAAUGUCGACCACCGCGGCGUCAGACACGCCCAAGACCGUGAUCCGAGUCGGCACUCGCAAGUCAGCGCUCGCGCUCCUCCAAGCCGACUACGUCGUCUCGUCUCUGCGCAAGCUGCACCCAACAGUCGACUUCGAGAUCAAGGGGAUGCACUCAACAGCCGACAAAGACAAGAUCACAGCACUAUACAAGUUCGGCGGCAAAGGGCUAUGGACGAACGAGCUAGAAGCCGAGCUUAAGCUGGGCCAGGUCGACUUCAUCGUGCACUCGUUGAAGGACAUGCCGACGGUGCUGCCGGACGAGUUCGUGCUAGCCUGUGUGACGCCGCGCGAGGACGCGCGCGACGUCGUGGUCGUCAAGAAGGGGCUCGAGGAUAAGUACAAGACACUAGCGGACCUACCGGCUGGCGCGGUCGUCGGCACCAGCAGCGUGAGACGCAUGGCGCAGAUCAGGCGACGCUACCCGCAUCUGGCGUUCAAGGACAUGCGCGGCAACAUCGAUACCCGUGUUAAGAAGCUGGAUGCCGAGGAUAGCGAGUUCACGGUUCUGAUCCUGGCUGCGGCGGGCUUGCUAAGGUCGGGGAAGGAGGACCGUAUUACGCAGUACUUGGACAGUACGACGGUGGGCGGCGGCAUGUUGCAUGCUGUUGGCCAAGGUGGUCUAGGCAUCGAAGCGCGAGUUGGUGACCAGAAGACGCUAGAUUUGCUGAAGGCCUUGGAAGACAACGAAGCUAUGUUUGCGUGUGAGGCUGAGAGGAGUGUCAUGCGGACGCUGGAGGGUGGAUGUAGUAUUCCUAUUGGUGUUGAGACGAAGUGGGUAGGAGACAACAAGCUGAAAUUGACGGCGACGGUUGUCAACGUUGAGGGCACUGAGGCUGCUGAUGCGGAGAAGACUGAGGAGGUUAAAACGCGCGAGGAAGCUGUCGCAUUUGGCAUAAAGGUGGCUCAACAGUUGGCGGAUAACGGCGCACAGAAAAUUCUGGAUGUGAUAAAUGGGGAACGGGCAGCGACCCAAGAUAAAAAGGAGCCGUGGGUUCCAGCAUAGAAGCAGCAUUUCGGACUGGAAAAAAAGGAGGAAAUAAAAAUGACUGGGACGAUGCUUUAUAGAUUUUGCUGGCCAUCCACCUAGAUACAGAUGUAUCCCUAGCUAGAAUCUCCGCGGAUAAAUUUCGCCAUGAUGAUGAGAAUACCCCAAACGAGUUUAUGAUACAAGGUUGAGCCCGUUCUCUCUCUCUCUCCUGCUCGU